CAUAGGAAAUGUCUAGAGAACUGUUCAAAGAAUAUGCAUACUGAUGCUUUCACAUGCUGUACUGUCACAUGCUUGAAGUACAUGGCUGUCCACAUUUCAGAGAAGGACCCGCCUAUCAUCUGGACACAUUUAAGUACAGCAAUGCAUCCAACGCUAACUAUGUUAUGCAUAUAUGUUUUUACUUAUUUUUUUCAGUUCAGAUUUGCUGCCUGGGCACCUGAAUUUCAUCCCGAACAUUGAAAAUGCAAUAUUUUGGUUUAAAUUGUAUUCUGUCAGUUGGGAUUAUUGAUGAGAUUAUUUGAGUAAAUUUAUUUGAGAGGACCCCUGGGUCCGUCUGUCUCACGCCAGUUCGAAGCCUGUAGCCGAUGCCAUGGAAACAUGGACCAAACAAAUGGGAUAUCCUGUGUUGUUUGUUACCGCUAAACAGAAAGGAGAUUCAAGAGAGGUUACUAUCACCCAGGAAGAGUUCUUUACUGAUGGAGGUAGUCAAGGCUCUUACCACUGGCAAGUGCCUGUAAUUGUAUCAUCCAGUGCAAACCCUUGUGAAAGUGUAGCAAGUACUCUGUCGGAUCAGAAGUCCUGUACUCUGACAGUAAGCGAUGUCAAGCCAGAUCAGUGGAUCAAGUUCUUGUCCGACAUGUUGAAACUUCUCCUGACGGCCAUAAAGGACAACAGUCUUCCACCAUGGGACAGAUUAGGACUGGAGAAUGAUCUGUUUGCAUUGAGCGGCAAAGAUGCAACGAGUGUUGUUGACGAAAGUCAGAGCAAUCACAACAGCCAAUCAAAAGAAAGACAAGUAUCACAAGCAGCCAACAAGACUGCAAAUCCUACAGCACAACCAUUUACUUUUAGGAAUGAAAGUCACCUUGAUGCCCUCCUCAGAGGUUUGAUAAUCGAACGUCUGGGUAAAUAUGGUGACCAAGCCACUGUCGCCGAGCCGCAGAAGAGAUUUGAAGAACACUGGAAAGGUGAAUCCACCAUUCCGGCUGACUUAAGGUCUGCGGCGUACAGCACAGUGCUCAAACAUGGUGAUGGUAACACCCUAGAGUCUGUGAUGCAACUUUUGAAAGAAGCUGAUCUGCUCGAAGAGAAAGUCCGAUUGAUGAGAUGUAUGGGAGAUGUAUCUGAUCAAGAAAGUGUGCGACUUCUCCUUGUCGGUAUGUUUUUUUAA